AUGGAUCUGCUUUCGAGCGAGCCCGGCAAAACACUUCAUCGCGUGCCUCACGCAAGCACGAGCAGCGACACCAGCUUUGUCGCCUUCAUAAUGCAGAUCAUCUCUACGUCUGACAGAAAGUCGGACUCAUCUCCCUGUGGCAUUGUUACUCCUGUGCAGCCUUCACAUCAGUUACCAUCAGAUUCCACAUCGCCUCUAGGCGUGCUGAUCGACAACAGCAAGCCACCGCCGCGUCCUCCUCGUGCUUUUCGACCGCCUAAACAAGAUUCGGCUCCUUCUCCUACCAGAACUCAUCGGAGACUUGCGCUUCCAUCACGGCAUUAUUGCUACGAUCCGUUCUCAGGAUUUGAAGUGCCAGACUCCUCUAUCGACUCAACCCUAAGUCGUAGCCGAGCUGACAGCAUCGACCUCGAUCCUGACAUGUACGAAGUGAUAGCCAAGCAGCACAAAGCUGGUUCUACGUAUCCUAUACAGACAGUAGAGUCGUACGACAAUGACGACUUUGCGAAACCACUCGCCUGGUUGGUGCUGGAUAACGAUACUGCAACGUACGACACAAGCCUCUCAGCGCUCGAUGCGAGCUCGCUCCAUCAGAUACCCAAGUGUCCGCCGAGACGGGCGAAGGGGGCCUUGACUGCGUCCACAUCCUACGCUUCUCUAGUGUCAGCAUUCAGCACCAGCAGCAAGACAAUCGAUGCGAGUGAGAAUGACAAGCUUCGAACACAACCUCGUGCCUCUAGCUUCAUGGCAAGCAAAAUGUUUAUUACCUCGGCGUUGCGAAAGCUGAGUGUAAACGCGUCCUCACUAUCAGGCAUUUCGAGCCAGGAUAGCAAUCUCACAAUGAGAUCGUUAUGGAAACGCAGAACAAGUCAAUCAUUUGUUUCUCAACCCUCCGCACUUGCUUCGUCGGUCAGCGUCACACACGGCUCCGACGACUCUGAUAGCGACUCUGAGUUGGAGGCAGUUAUUCCAAAGAUGGCCUUUGAUGCGACACUACCAUCCACCUCUGCUGCAAGCAGUCCUCGAUCUACAGUAUCUGUUUUGCGGCAAAUGACGGACAAGGCAGGCAAGGAAGAUGUUACCACCUUGCCAAUAGCAACCGAACCCAUUCCUGAGUCAGUACGGCAGGGUCAUCUCAGCUUGCCUUUUUAUCAUCGAGGUCUGCGCAAAAAGAUGUACCCUCCGCGGGUGCGGUAUGAGGUGUUUCCAGCCACCACUAAGCCACCUGUUCGAUGGCAAUCUCCUCCUGCUUCGCUGAGCCCUCGACUCUUUGCUGCAACACAUUUGCCUUCCUCUUCUGGACCCAGACCAGCUUUUGAUGGUUCGCGAAGCCGCUUGCUCUGA